UGUUUUCAAUGGUUGUAAUUCUGUAAAUCCUUGCCUCUCUGGUUCACGGAGCCAGUGCUCAGUGUCUUAAUGGUUUCCAUUCGCAGAGGAAGGUAUGCCAGGUAACAGUCGCACGUACGUAACCGCAGCGGUAAAGAAAGACUCUACUUGGUUACUGUGAAAUUCUGUACGAAUAGAGUUAAGCUAAUAAUUAAAAUGAUUGAUAUGAUUCUGGCAUCAGCCAACUGGUAUUGCGGUACCAUUUGUGAUGUAAGUCGUGAUGGGAUUUUUGCAUAUGGUGGCAAAAACACAAUAUUUCUUCUGGACAUUACAAAACCGCAGGACUGUCAAUAUUUUGGUCAUCUUUGUGGUCAUAAGGAUCGAGUAACGUCAGUUCAAUUUUGUAAAACAUCAUUGCAUUCAAGAUGGUGUUUCAGUGCUUCCGAAGAUCUCUCUGUUGCUGUUUGGGACAUAGAUACUAAGGAACUUAUUUCACAAUUGACUGGAAGGCAUCAGGCACGGAUCUCCGCUGUUGCUUCGUCAUUGCUGUCUGAUGUGUGGGUCUAUUCAGGUGAUGAAAAAGGACGUCUUAUCUCAUGGAAACACUUGCAAAACGAAGUUUAUGAACAUUUUCCACUGAAUGGAUGCAUAAAUUGCAUUUCUUGUUCACCUGAUGAAGAAGGCAUUGUGGUGAUAGGUUAUAAGACUGGUCAAAUCAUAGUCAUAUCAACCCAUGCACAGAAAAUGGAAGUUGUUAAUGUUUUGAAAGGUCAUGAUGAUGAAAUUCAUUGUUUGAUUUGGUCACCGUGUUCUUUGAAAGAAUUACCUUCAGAAAUAUUUGCUGAAGAAACGACUCCCGAAGAUGGUUUUAUCCUAGCAUCAAGUUCUCGCGAUAAGACCAUUCGUUUAUGGAAUUUAUCAUUUGAUCAGUACAUCACAGUUUUUAAUGUUCCUACAAAAUCGUCGAAAGGUAAACAUUCUCGUGAUGAUUACAAUAUGAAAUCACGGUUAUGGAUAACCCUUUGCUGGCCAAGAAAUGAUCCCAGCACGUUGCUGUCCAGUGGAUUCAACGGUGACAUUCUGAGCUGGAAUCUCUCGAAGAAAUCUAAACCAAAAUGGCGAUUGUUUGGCGAACACAGUCGCAUCGUGUUCAACAUGUGUCAUCGUCCUGCUAAUGACGUAAUGAUCAGUGUGUCAAUGGAUAGGCAGAUAAAUAUUUGGAGUUUGGAAGAUGCAACACUCCUUACCAGUCUACCAUGUUGUGGUGGAUUUGUGUAUAGCUUGGAUGUAACUGUGUUAGAUCCAUUGCGUCUCGCUGUUGCUGUUGGUGAUAACAUGAUACGUAUUUGGAACAAUUCAAGAAGUUCAUCUCCUAAAGUUACUAAUCUUUGGCGUGGGAUUGGUACCAAGGUUAUGAUAGUUCUUUGGCAUUCAUUGAACGAAGGUUUACUUGCUUUUGGUACAGAGGAAGGAAAAGUUGGCAUUUAUAAUGUUCUUUCACAAACAUGCAAUGUUUCAAGAAUAUAUCACAAGAAAUCGGUUUAUUCAUUGUCUUGGGGUCCUCCAUCUGAGCACUUGGAUGAUGAAGGGGACAAGAAUUUGCGUUUAUACAGUUGUGGGGGAGAAGGAACCAUUUUAGAACACAAGCCCGAUCGUUUAAGCGACGUAGCAAAAAAUAUUGACGUUGUCAUCAAAAGGACAAAUGAAAUAACGCACAAUAUUUCUGGACAUACUGAAGUUUCUUGUAAACCUGACGGAACAUUGAUGGCAAUUGGCAAUGAAGAUGGGUCUAUUCUCUUCUGUGGUUUUCCCGAUUUGAAGAUUUUGUCAACUAUAGAUGUUCAUAAGAAAAUAACAUGUCUGGCAUGGUAUCUAAGUUAUGAUACAGAUGAUCCUUGUCUGUCAUAUCUUGCAUCGGGAUCGAAUGGCUCCGACGUCCAUGUUCAUGAUUCAAAAGAAAUCUUAAGAACGUUGGAAAAUGGUUCCAUGAAUACCGUCACAAGCAGCUACCGCUGGCUAGCUGGUCACAGUGCUCGUGUUACAGAUGUCGCUUGGAGUCCACAUUCAGAUUUGAAACUUGCUUCUUCUUCUUAUGAUGGGACUGUACAGGUAUGGGAUGUCGUGACAGGUUCAGCAUUGGUCAACUACCGUGGUCAUUGUGGUCGCGUAAUGGCUGUGGUGUGGAGUAUUAUUGAUGUUGAUGUCUUGUUUAGUGGUGGAGAUGAUUUUACUGUUCGUUCAUGGAGAAUAUCUCAACAAGUCUUCAAAGAACCUCCAUUAGAAUCAAAGAAGCCAAAAUCCAGAAGCAAGAAGAAGAAAAAGAAAGCGCUAUCCAACGACACUCAAAAUAGGAAAGACGAAAUCGUAAUGAAUAAAGAUGUUAUGCAAGUACCUUUGAUUGCUGACUCUAGUUGUAGCGGAAAGGAUUUUGUUGAAACUAGUAAAGAUUUUAAAGAUGUGUCACUUGAAGAAAACUAUACACUGCAACAUAACAGUCAAACGCUAAACUCGUCCUUUGCCGAUGAAAGACAAGAAUGUGUAGACUUCCGUCAACCUCAUGACGCUACAACUUCUAAUAAAGCAAAUACUGUUGAAAACAAAAAGAAAAAAAAGCGAGGAAAAUCCAUGCUUCCACUUUCUGCCUUGGCUGACAACCGACCUAGGGAUAUAACGAGUAAAGGAUGUAUUGAAGUUGCAAAAUUCGUUACUGGUAGCACAGACACUGUUCACACUGAUAGCGAUAAAUUCAGUCUUGGUCUAUUUGCUGAUAGAAAAUCAACUUUUAGUAUGUUAACUGAACAAGGGGUUUACCAUGCAGAAAAUGGAAAUAUUGACUAUCAGAUACACUUGGAAUUAUGGAAAGGAAACAUAGGAAAAGCACUGGAAGUUGCUGUUGAGAAAAAACAGUUGAAUGACUGUUUAGUUGCUUUCAGUCAUUUAGCUGGAGAAAGUGUGCGACUGGUCAUUACUGAAGCUUUUGCAGAACAACUUGUUGGUCAAGGAAGUUUUUAUCGAGCUGCUCUGUAUUAUCUCGCAUGUGAUAAAGUGUACGAAGCAAUCAAUGUGUUGAAAGUUGCUGGAAUGCACAGAGAUGCUAUUGCUUUAGCUAAAGUUCGUUUGUUACCCUCUGAUCCUGUGUUGCUUGACUUGUAUUCUUCGUGGGGUCGACGGCUGGAAAUUGAAAACUCUUAUGAACAGGCAUCAAAGUGUUACUUAGCUUGUGGGUUAAAGGAUGACGCAAUUCGUGUUUUGACUCGAAGAGGAGAUGAAGUUGCUUUCCAUACUGCAGCACAGGUAGCAAUGUUUUGCCAAAAACUAGAUCUUGCUCAGUCCCUGAUUCAGCAGUCUGCUUUGAAAGCAACCAAAAAAGCGAGGUGGAAUGAUGCGUUGGACAUGAUUCACGACUACACGGAAAUGGAGCCACUACUAUUAUUGAUAUGUACUCAUAAGACCAUGCUCAAAAGUUUGUUGAAAUCAGGUGCCUUUGGAGAAGAAGAUUUCCCAGAACGUCAGUUAUCUGAAUCUAAUGAGAUAGGCGAUGCUUGCUGUCACACUGAGUUACCCAGCUUUAUAACAAAGCUUCAAGCUAAACACGAAGGUUUUUUGAUCGAGGGAGCAUCGUUAUUUUGGAGAUCGGUUUCUAACGAUGAUUCAGACUUUUUUAUUUACAAAAUUUUGAGGCAAUGGUGGCGUGAAUGUGAUUUAGAACGCAGUAAAUCUCGUUUACCUGCGUCCUACGUACAACUUUCAGCGUUAACUUGUGGAAGGCAAAGUUUAUUGAAUAAAGGAAUUGCUGAAAAUAUAAUGAUGAUGAUAUCGAAAAACGUUUGUCUUGGUUUGAUUGCUGCCUUACUGGGCAAAAGUGAAUUAUGUUUGGAGCAUUUUCUUAAAGCUCUCGCGGCUUGUAACGAUUAUAAAUUCCAAGUUAUUAUUUGUCAUCUCGUUGAACUUCUGUUUCCUUUUGGUCUCGAUCGUGUCGUUGUCUUGAGUUACUGUCUCAAAACAAUAGGACGACGUCAGUGGGUACCAUCGAUCAAUAUUUCAACAAUAUUAUGGCGUUUUACUAUCAAGCACUCCUUCGUGAUUGUUUGAGAUGUUUAAAAUUGAAGAAUUUCCUUGGAAAAGAAGCUCAUCUCAAUGAAGCACAAGAUUCGAUGACGUUACCCGUUGAUAAUUGUGUUGACGCCUCUGGUAACAAAAUCUCACAGGCUCCAGACCCAACCAAGUCCACAAUAAAUAGUUCUUCAGCAGUUGAAAAAGAGGAUAUCAUAUUGCGUUCAGAUGCAUGUGAAAGUCGUCGUUUCGAGUCAAAUCAUGGAAAGCUUCUAACUACUCCCAUAGAAUUUUAUCGCCUUUGUUUAUUUUGUUCAACAGUUCUGCUUUCAGAUAUCUACGCUCAUGUUGUUGAGGGUGGAUCUCAUUCCUGCACAGACAUUAUGGAGGAUGGUGCUUAUGGCAACACUGAUAUUGUGGAUGUUGUUGCUCAUGGCAACACUGACAUUGUGGAGGAUGGUGCCUAUGGCAACAUUGACAUUAUGGAGGAUGUUGCUCAUGGCAACACUGACAUGAAAGAACAUGGUACUUAUGACAACACUGGCAUUACGAAGGAUGGUGCCUAUAACAAAACUGACACCGUGGAGAAUAGUAGUUGUGGCAACACUGACGUAAUUCAGGAUAAAUUACGAGACGAUAGAAAUGAAGUGGAGAAAAUGUUGCAGAAGAUACCAUUUCCCAACGUGAAAGAAAGUGUGUCUUUGUUGUUAGAUUUAUUGAACAUUAUAAUUUCAUCGCCUCAUGCCGACAAAGACUUGAAAACUGGGUCGUCCGAACUGUUCAGAGAAAUAACUUCUUGGGCAACACGCAGGAAAUAUGAUCUGAAAAAGUGACUUCAGUCAACGAGGAAUUACAAAACAUCUCUGGAAUAUGUCAGUAAUUUGAGUUUUUUAUUAUGCUGUAAAUUGUUGUGCUGUAGUUUUGAUGUUUAUGUGUUGGUCUGUUGUGAACUUGACAAUGGAAGGUAAGUUACGUAAUUUGUUCCAAUAGUGAUUUAAAAAAUGGCUUUUAUCUACAUUUAUGCAUGUAGUCAAUAACUGAAUUGAAAGUGUGUAUUGCUGCUAAGUCCUGGCUGUAUGAGUAAGUGCCGAAAUUGUGAGGAUAGGUUUUGUCAAAAAAAAACUUAAUUUAAAGCCAUAAAUGCCAUACUCAAAAAACUAAUUUUCUAAAGAUACGAACCAUCACAGUUUAGUGAGUAUGUCUAUAUUUGUGUCUAUCUUUGUGCGUGCCUUUUUUACGUUUGUGUCGAUUGUUGAAAUAGUUGAAUCUACCUUUUUGUCU